UGGCAUGCAAUCACUACGGCGACCUAGAGGGGGAGCUGUGCAACCUAGCGCUAUGCAUUAUGGGGCGGACGUAGCUCUUGCCCUUCCAUAGUUCUUCGACGAAGAGAAGCUGACGUUUGAGAAACCAGCAAGUCGGCUAGUCUAAUACUGGUUAGUUAGAAUUUUAAGAGACUGCAGUGGCACGGGAAGUGCCACACUCGGAGCGUGAUAUGGGGCAGAAUGAUCUGAUGAGCAAUGCGGAGGACGUGGCCGACCAGUUCCUGAGAGUUACCAAGCAAUACCUUCCUCAUGUGGCACGCCUGUGUCUUAUCAGCACCUUCCUAGAGGAUGGCAUUCGCAUGUGGUUCCAGUGGAAUGAGCAGCGGGAUUACAUCGAGGCUACCUGGAACUGUGGCUACUUCCUGGCCGCCUGCUUCGUUUUAGUGAAUCUACUAGGACAACUAGGCAGCUGUGUCCUUAUUCUCAGUAGGAAUUUUGUACAGUAUGCCUGCUUCGGAUUAUUUGGAAUCAUUGCAUUACAAACUAUUGCCUACAGCAUUUUAUGGGAUCUCAAAUUCUUGAUGAGGAACCUAGCUCUCGGUGGAGGUCUCCUGCUGUUGCUGGCGGAAUCGCGUGGGGAAGGCAAGAGCAUGUUUGCCGGGGUGCCGUCCAUGGGGGAGCACUCGCCCAAGCAGUACAUGCAGCUGGGAGGACGGGUCCUCUUGGUGCUCAUGUUCAUGACUCUGGUGCACUUUGACCUCAGCUUAAUCUCUAUUCUGCAAAACCUGGUCGGCAUGGCUCUGAUUGUAUUGGUGGCAGUCGGCUUCAAGACCAAGCUGGCAGCCCUUACCCUAGUGCUGUGGCUGUUUGGGGUCAACGUGUACUUUAACGCCUUCUGGACAGUGCCUGCUUACAAGCCCAUGCAUGACUUUCUCAAGUAUGACUUCUUCCAGACCAUGUCAGUGAUCGGCGGGCUGCUACUGAUUGUGGCACUGGGGCCUGGUGGCGUGUCAAUGGACGAGAAGAAGAAAUCAUGGUGAGACGCCAUCAAGGACCCCGUGACCCCGCCACCCACCCCAACCUUCACCGAACAUGGCCUAAGCAGUACGCCCCUCCACCAUCUACCACCUCAGCACUGUCACUCUUGGUCUUGGCUGUAUGUUAGUCUCCCUUCCCUCUAGCUCAUUUCUACAAGACUGUCCUCCACAGGCACCUGUAAUGGUUUGCAAUAUUUAUUUUGUUAUGGUUACUUAUUACGAGGUGGCCAUCGCUCUAUUUGGGGACAUUGAGGACCUAGCCAUUUAUUUGUUAUUUGCCUUUUAACAGUGUAUUUGUACUUGUAUACUGUAAUUGUUUUACUUUUCAAUGUGUCCUACUUUGGUGCAUCUUCUGUUUCCAUGCCAUUGGUAUAGCCACCCCCUAACCAAAGACACAAACCACUGUUUUAGAGGAUUGUUUUGGUAAUGUAUAAAUAACUGUGGCUAUUUUUUGUGCUGAUUUGGUUUUGCAAAAUAGAUGCAUUACAAAUUUACUAUAUUUUGGUCAGGUAAGUUUUUAUGAGGGGGCAAAUGUAUUUCUAUCAAAUAAUGAGUUUUGAUGAACAAGGGAUUAAGAAAAUAAUUGACAUGUGACAACUUGACAUAAAGGCAUGAUUGCUGCUUUGUUUGGUGAAACAUGGUCUGCGUUCUAUUAUUUAUGUUUUUCUUUUUUGUGUGCCUAUUCAAAUGCCUUGUAGACGUCCAUGAAAACCUCAGGCUUACCUGACACAUUAUAGACACAUUCACAUAAGGGUAGAGAUGAUUUAUCCUUGAAACGGUUUCCACUUCAUUUACAUGUAAAAUGGAGGGGGGUGGGGAGCUUGUAAGCUUCAGCAUUUCUAUUUUUUACAUUUAAUAAUUUUGUCACAUGAUUCCUUGUUGCCUGUUAAACUAUUCCAUGAAAAAGGUGUGAGUGCUGCCAUUUGUCUAAAGUUUACAGUUGGUUAUAGUACUCUGUAUCAUUUAGCAAAAUUGGGCCAUUUAGCAUCAAAGCCCUGUUGUCUUUAGUCUUAAUUAGUUUGUUUUUCCAUUGAAUAAAGUAUAAGGAAAAAUGCUUUUCUAUUAUGUGGUUUUGAAAAUGUUUUAAAAUCAAACCAGGAGUAAAUGUUGGUGUGUGUUUUAUUAUGGUUCACUGUCAUUGUAGGAUAUCUCUUACUGUUGGUAUUGAGUGCUAAUUAAAACAAUAGUUAAGCCUACCCUGCUAUUUUGAAUCUCCAGGUAGACAGCUGUUAAUUUUCUACUUUUUUUUAAUUACAAUUUUAGAAAAAGUUGAUUGGCUUUGAUAUAUUUAACCUAUUUAGACAUAUUAUAAAGUAAUGACAAAUGCAUGCCUCUACAACAGGUAUUCACCCCCUUGGACUUUUUUCUAUUUUGUACUUUGUUACAACAUGAAAUGAAAAUGGAUUUAAUUUGUUGUGCCACUGUUCAACACAACAAAAGUUCAUAUUGUCAAAGUGAAAAAUAAAUCUGCAAAUUAUUCUGAAUUAAAAAUGCAAAACAGAAUA